AUGGACGAAGAAAAAUACGCGUUUGAGCAGACUUUUUCUUUUAACGCUCUUCGCACUAAGACGUUUUCUUUCCUACAAGACAAAGACACCUUGGCGCGGUUGAUGAAAUGGUCCAUGCUGGGGAGGAUUUCCGCUCAGUCGUUCAGUUUUGACCACAGUUUCUCCCCUUACAGCAGUGAAACGUUUGCUCUGUGUUUCUUCAGAGACCCUGAGGUGCUGGCCAGCCUGAGAAAGAUGGAGGCUGGAGGCUGGAUGCCUCUUGACAAGCCGGUGGUGUCGGUCAGUGUGGAGCCCACGCCUUGCACUAAGGUCUCCAUGGAGCUGUUUGAUCCAAUUUAUUCUUGCGGCAUCUUGAGGCCCACUGGGCAUGUAGUUAAAUGCUUUCAUGAUGUCUACCCUGACUAUGAUGAACUCCGACAGAUGUUGCAGGACGAGGAGUCUGAGCACUACUAUGUGGUUGGGAGGGAGGAGCGGGGAGAGUUUCUGUUUAGCCUCUUCAAGCACCUGUGUCUUGGGGGUGAGCUCUGUCAGUAUGAAGACACCAUUGAUCCUUACAUCAGCACCACAAAGCAAAUAUACAAAGAUCUGAUCAGUGUGCAGAAGGACCCAGAGACGAAAAAGAUCGCUGUUGUCUCCAAAGUGCUCAAAGUUUGUGCCUUUGACGAGUCUGGCCGAUAUUUCCCUGGGAUGCGAGAGGAGGAGCAGACAUUUGCCUAUUUGAUUGUCGACCCUUAUAAACGUCACGUGACUUUGUUCUGUCACUUCUAUGGUGUGGGCAACUUCACAGUGUGA